UUCAAAUGGAAGACACAAAAUAUGACAGAGAUGAGGAGGAAGGCCUCGAUCUCGAUGAUGACCCUAGUGACUCCAGAGACUUUGAAAGAGAAUCCAAGUCUGACAGGCGUGGCAGACUCAGGGAUUUCGACCCUUCAGAAGGAGCUGAGGGUGAAGACUCCCGGUCUUAUGAUAGAGACCAUUAUAGCAAAUCGUAUUCACGCGGAAGUUUGGAUCGAGUAGAACAAGAAGAUCAAGAAUCUGAAGAAUCCGAGGAGGAGAAAAACUUCUUUUAUAUGGGAGUUAGUGGUCAAAUCCUGUCAGGAGAAUUCAAGGAUUAUGAUGGCCUCGCGAUAAAAUAUUGCUUUGUCUCCAAAGGUGGCUGGAUCAUGGAUAAGGGUACAGUUGUUGGAAUCAGCCAGCAUUCAUUUAAAAGUUCGGGAAUUAGCAAAAGGAUUAUUUGGAACUUCCCAUUUGAAAUUAGAUAUCGAUCAAAGACUAUCAAAGACUGGCCUCAAAUGGUGCUUUAUUGUAGUGGAAAAGACUUUGCUGGAAGAGAGGUUAUUCAUGCUUAUGGUAAUACUCAUAUUCCUACUGCUACCGGAAGACAUACAAAAGUGAUAAAGAUGUUUCAGCCAAUUUCUUCGAACAUUUUGAGUAAAAUUAUGGGAUUCUUUAAGGGAAAAAAUCCUGAGUACAAAGAUGCUCCUUUAGUGAUUGCCGGAGCUGAAGGACGUGAACUAACUCGUGUCAAACCAAAUGGUUUGCUUCGAGUUUCCUUCCAAAUCACUAUUAAAGAGGAAACAGAUUACGAAUUUAAAUAAUUUCAAUCCUUGGA